AUGUCUGAUAUCAAGUUCGAAGGAUGGCUGGGUCACACCCCCGACAGCGUCAACGGAAAGAUGGAAUGGGGCGCGUUCGAGCCCAAGAAGUGGACUGAGGACGACGUCGACAUUGAGAUCUCCCACUGCGGCAUCUGCGGUUCUGACCUACAUAUGCUCCGCUCGGGCUGGGCUGAGACACCUUAUCCUUGCUGUGUCGGACAUGAGAUUGUCGGCAAGGCCGUCCGCGUCGGCAAGAACGUAAAGCACAUAACCCUCGGCGAUCGUGUCGGUGUCGGUGCCCAGGCCCGUUCCUGCAUGAAGUCCGACUGCCCCGAGUGCUCCAUCGGUCGCGAGAACUACUGUGGCCGCUCUAACGUCAGCACAUACGGCUCCGUCUACCCCGACGACGAGGGCAAGGCCUACGGCGGCUACGCCGAUUACAACAGAACCAACGGACACUUCGUCAUCAAGAUCCCUGAGGGCAUCCCCUCCGAAGAUGCCGCGCCGAUGCUCUGCGGUGGUAUCACAGUCUUCUCCCCAUUGAAGAACAACGGCUGCGGGCCUGGAAAGACUGUUGGUAUCGUGGGCGUUGGUGGCCUCGGCCACUUUGCGGUUCUCUUUGCCAAGGCGUUGGGCGCCGACAAGGUGGUUGGUAUCUCCAGAAAGGCGACCAAGAAGGAUGAGGUUCUCAAGCUGGGAGCUGAUGAGUACAUUGCGACCGAUGAUGACAAGGAUUGGUCCAAGACCAACGCCCGUAGCAUCGAUCUCAUUAUCUCCACCGUCUCCAGCGAGAAGAUGCCCCUGCAACAGUACCUGAGACUGUUGAAGGUGUACGGCACCUACAUCCAGGUCGGUGCCCCCGACGGCGGAAACCUGCCCCCUAUCAACGCCUUCACCCUCCUCGCCAGCGGUAUCAAGGUUGGUGGUAGCGGCAUUGGCUCUCCCUCUGACAUCAAGGAGAUGCUCGAGCUCGCCGUCGAGAAGAAGGUCAAGCCCUGGGUCCAGAAGCGCCCGCUUAAGGAUGCCAACAAGGCCAUUGUCGACAUGGAAGCUGGUCAUGCUCGUUACAGAUACGUUCUGGUCAACGAGAAGCAUGCAAAGUUGUAA